UCCGCGCAGCUUUUCUCCAGUGAUGCUCGUCUCUCCUCUUCUGAGAGGACUUGAACAAACGAAGCCUAGUUUCUUCUGCUCGGGGACUUUGCUCGUGUCAUCGGACUGUUUAGAUUUGUUAUUCUGACUGUGAGGAGAGACUAUGUGUUCUUCAGGAUGGGUGCGAACAAUGGCAAACAGUGUGGAAGUGAAGGCAAGGCUAGCUCCAGUAUCUCCUCCGAUGUGAGCUCCAGCACCGAUCACACGCCCACCAAAUCUCCCAAGAAUGUGGCUACCAGUGAAGAUUCGGAUUUGAGCAUGAGGACGCUAAGCACUCCCAGUCCUGCCCUCAUUCUGAAGUCAAACCCUUCUUGUGUCUCCCCUCAAACAGUCCCAAAUGGCCAUGAAACGUCUUCCACAUCUUUUAACGUCACUGGGGAAACAGUUGCCCUGGUUCACCCGCCUCCAGGCACUCGCUCACGGCCUUCUAAAGUUCCUCCCACCACUCUCAUUGAUAUCCUGCCCGAUUCUGUUUUACUACACGUCCUGUCUUACCUGUCCACCCCUCAGCUGUGCCGCUGCGCUCGAGCGUGCCGCCGCUGGUAUAACCUGGCCUGGGACCCGCGACUCUGGAGCACCAUUCGUCUGAGCGGAGAGCUGCUGAACGCUGACCGAGCCCUCAAAGUGCUCACCCAUCGGUUAUGCCAGGACACUCCCAACGUCUGUCUGACCCUGGAGACGGUUGUGGUCAGCGGCUGCCGGAGGCUGUCAGAUCGAGGACUACGUGUGGUCGCUCAGUGCUGUCCAGAGCUGCGGCGUUUGGAGGUUGCAGGCUGCUAUAAUGUCUCCAACGAAGCAGUGUUUGAUGUGGUGUCCCAGUGUCCCAAUCUGGAACAUCUAGACGUAUCAGGCUGCCCUAAAGUGACCUGUAUCAGCCUGACGGAGGAGGCAUCGCUACAGCUCACACCUCUACAUGGACAGCAGAUCGGCCUGCGAUACCUGGACAUGACAGACUGUGUAUCACUGGAGGACAAAGGCUUGAGGACCAUUGCCUUUCAUUGUCCAUGUCUCACACACCUCUACCUGCGGCGCUGCAGCCGGCUAACAGACGAGGCCCUGCGACAGCUAGCACUGCACUGCACCGCUUUACGUGAGCUUAGCCUUAGCGACUGCCCUCAGAUUGGAGACUUUGGCUUACGUGAGGUCGCUCGCCUGGAGGGCCGCCUACGCUAUCUGAGUGUGGCACACUGUAUACGCAUAACAGACGUUGGACUGCGUUAUGUAGCACGUUACUGUCCGCGGCUCCGCUACCUGAAUGCACGGGGAUGCGAGGGCUUGACGGACCAGGGUUUGAGUCACUUAGCUCGCAACUGCCCCCGAUUGCGGUCUAUAGAUGUUGGGCGCUGCCCGCUGGUGUCAGACGCCGGGUUGGAGGUGUUAGCACGCUGUUGUGAAGGGCUACGAAGGCUGAGUCUGAGAGGCUGUGAGAGUUUGACAGGGAGAGGGCUCGUGGUGCUAGCAGCGGGAUGUCCCGAGCUGCAGUUACUAAACGUACAGGAGUGUGAGGUGCCACCUGAGGCACUUCGACUGGUGCGACAGCACUGCAGACGCUGUGUUAUCGAACACACCAUACCUGCUUUCUACUGAGGGGACAGGUUCGGGACGCCAGAGGCCUCGACCUCUGAAAAACAGAUGUUUAUACUUUUUGCAUUCCUAUGACUGCCUGAUGAGAUGCAACAAGGUGGAUGUGUCUCAAAACCUAGUGCAUGGGCGCUCAGUACUGCUCCUGGAAGGCCACUCGUGCAGAGUUUAGCUUUAACUCACCUGACCAAACAUUUUGAGUAAUCCUGACUGUAAUUGGUUGGUUCAGAUGUUCAGAUAAAUUGGGCUUGGAGCUAAACUCUGCAGGACAGUGACCUUCUAGGAGCAGGACUUUAGGUGAUGAGUUGAAUCAGAUGUUUGACUACAAAGAGUUUAAAAUGUGCUCAACUCAGGGCUGUCAAACCCUGCUCAUGAAGGAUCACUGUUGUGCAGAGUUUUGCUCCAACACACCUGCCCAGAAGUUUCUAGUAAUCCUAAAGACCUUGAUUAGUUUGUUCAGAUGUAUUUAAUUCAGGUCCAAAGUUUAAUUCAGGACCUCAAGGAGCAGGACAGGCAACCCCUUACCUAGUGAGUCAACUUGUCGUCUACUUAAGUGUUUUGCAACCUUGUUUCUGGAGGCACACCAACACAUUGGUACACAUUUUGGAUGUGUCCUUUAUCUGACCCAUCCAUUUCAAGACUAGAAGUCACCACUAACAAGCUGACGAGUUGAUUUAGGUCUUUGAUUAGGAAGAGUUUGAAAAUGGGAAACAUUGGCCUACUGAAAUUCUGGGGCAAAUAAAGACCUCGAUAAGCUUGUUCUAGAUGUGUUUAUUUGGGUUGGAGCUAAACUCUGCCAAAAUGUAGCCCUCCAGAAGCAUGGUUGGACACCUCUGACAUGGUGAGUCGACUUGUAUACUGCCGAAGGGUUUAAUUUGGUUUAGUUUGUGUAUGUUUUUGUGACUCUCGAAACUGUGAUUCCCAUCCACUUUCAUUAUAAGACUGACAGACUGCAACGGUUUGAGUUAAAAAUCUCUGUUUGUGUUCUACUGAAGAAACAAAGUCACCUACAUCUUGGACGCCCUGAGGGUGAGCAGAUAAACGUCACAUUUUCAUUUUUGGUUCAACUAUCCCAGAAAUGAAAAUAGUACUAUCACACAAAUAGUGCUUUACACAUCAGACUGAUGCAACACUCACAGUUUUGACGGUUGCAUGUCAAAGACAGUUCCUUAGGUUUUGAGACACAUCUGGUGUGUAAUGUUGCCUCUUGCAGAGCUGUACCAUGCUCUUGUAAUAAUAAUAAUAACAAAUACUACAUGACAUAUAGCAUAAUAUUUAUCACAUGAAAGAGAUGCAUUAUUGUCACUGUACAUCGCCAGUAAGCUUGUGUUUCCUAGGUGUUUGUUUGGGUUGAUUUAUGUUUUGUUUUCUAUGAAAGCUCUUUAGCUGGUUGUCUAUGUCCAGAGUCCAUCCAUUACAUGGUUAAAAUGUAAAACUGUUAAAUCAUUUAACUAUGUACUACUUGCUUUUUCUACAGAAGAAAGCAAGGUAAAAAUGGUGAAUAAGAUUGAAAGCAUUCUAUUUUUGGGUGAAUUAUUCAUUUACUUACAUAGAAUCUUAUAGUUUUCUUCAGAAAACUGAUAUCUGAUGUCAAGAAAUGGACUUGGUUCAAAAUAACCAGGAAAAUAUGGGCAUUUGCACUUUAAAGGGCAUUACUGACAAUCUCAAAAUGAUCUAAAAGUCUGAUAUUUGAUAUCCCAGAUAGCGUUUACGUUUCAUUUUGUGAAGGCAAUAUGUCGCUGCUAAAAACACUCAAUA